AUGGCAGAACCACGCCCCUCCGUCGCCCUCCCUCAAGGCAGAGUCAUCGGCAUCCAACUCAAGAACGAUUUCCCUCAACCCAUCGACGCCUUCCUGGGAAUCCCCUAUGCCCAGCCCCCAGUGGGCGAUCUCCGGUUCCGCCCAGCACUCAAAGUCCCCCAUGCACCGUCCACUACAAUCGACGCCUCCAAAUACGGGCCCAUCGCCCCCGGAAAGGCCCUCAUCCAGACCGGCCCGCAACUUAAACAGAGCGAAGACUGUCUAACAGCAAAUGUCUUCCGGCCGAGCAGCCCCAAUGGCACCGUCGACAGGGAACAUGAAGCCAACAAAGCCCUUCCUGUCGCAAUAUACAUCCACGGCGGUGCGUUCAACCGCGGCUCUGCGGCUUCGCAUAAUACCUCGUCCAUGGUCGCGUGGUUCGCACAGCCGUUUAUCGCUGUGAGCUUUGGCUAUCGCCUGGGUGCGCUGGGCUUCCUGCCUUCUACCGUCACAAAGAACGAGGGCGCUCUGAAUUUGGGAUUGCGUGAUCAGGUUCUGCUUAUGGAGUGGGUGCAGGAGAACAUUCCGUUCUUUUGUUCCAAAUGCUGUUACGCUCGUUGGCCUAUUGGCCACCACCUUCUCAACUACAGCGAAACCAACCCAAGCAAGCCCCGCUUCCACCGCGUCAUCAUCGAGUCCGGUGCUCCCACAUUCCGCGCUGUCCGCCCCUACAACGCCGCUAUCCAUGAAGCCCAGUUCAGAGACUUCCUCAAGCAACUCGGGGCGUCCAAACUAUCCGAAAUCGACAUAUUCCCCUUCCUCCGCGCCCUCCCUACAGAGACAAUCACCUCCGCACAGACCGCCGUCUUCGACAAGUACAACCCCUCCCUCCGCUGGGCCUUCCAACCCGUGAUAGACAACCUUAACGAUCUCAUCCCCCGCGCCCACCUCGAGUCCUGGACCAAAGGCCUGUGUCACAUAGUCCCCAUCCUAACCGGCUUCACCACAAACGAGGGAACAAUGUACGUCGCGAACAUCGACUCGCCGUCCGCAUUCCAAGCCUUCUGGACGAAUCUCCUCCCCGCCCUCUCAACGCACGGCCUAGGCUCGCAGUAUAAACGCCUCGAGGCCGCAUACGCGCACUACGCCUGCGUCGCACCCGUCCGGCAAACAGCGCACUUCGCGUCGAGCCAGAACCCCGGUGGCAUCUGGCUAUACCACUGGGCUCUCCCGCGCACCGUUGUGGGGCGCGCAAAUCACGGCGAUAACAUGUUUUACGAGACGUAUGAUGCGGAGAUCACGGGCAUAUCACCGACGCAGAGGGAGUUGUCUGGUGUGUUGCAUGCGUAUCUGACGAGCUUCAUUGUGGCCGGGGAUCCGAAUGCUGUUAGAGGGUGGUAUGGAGAUCGCCCGGUUUGGGGGGUGUAUAAGGCGGAGAGGCCAGGGGUGCUGGGGUUUGGGGAGGGAAUUGGGGAGUUGGUUGGGGGUGGGAAUGAGGGCGCUGUUGCGAUGUUCGUGGAUGAUGCUUGGGCCAGGGAGCAGACGAGGUUUUGGUGGGGAAGGGUCGGGGUGUCGCAGGUUGGUUGA